AUGAAUGGUCGACGUGUGUCAGGAUUGUUACUCGAAUCUUUAGAUGGGUCAACAAAAAUGCAAUUGCCAACAGUCAUAGAAUGUAAGGAGAUACCAAAUAAUCGCGAUGAGAUUCCGACUCCAGACGUAGCUAAUUAUCACGAUCAUCUUCGUAGCAUUUCACAUGAACUUGAACCUUUAGACGAAAAUGCAGAUAUUCUUUUAUUGAUAGGACGAGACCUUCUAGAAGCUCAUCAUAUAAUUGAACAACGAAUCGGACCAGCUCAUUCUCCAUAUGCACAAAGAUUAGCUUUGGGUUGGGUUAUAAUCGGAGAUGUUUGUAUUGGAAAUAGACAUGUUACAGACUCUGUCAAGUCUUACAAGACAUACAUUCAAGCAGGUGGACGCCCGUCACUCUUAAAACCGUGUCCAAAUGUAAUCAGUGUACGGGAACUGCUGAAAACUCAAAACAAACUUGAUAAUAUUGACUUUGACCUUGAAACAAAAUUGGGAGACGGUGUAUUUGAUCGCACUGAGUUCGAUGAUACACCUGGAAAGUCUAUAGAAGACAAAAUAUUUCUUGAUAUAAUGGAGAAGGAGUUCCACAAGAAUGAACAUGGAAAUUGGUGCGCACCUUUACCCUUUAAACCUAAUAGGGAACGAUUACCAAACAAUUUUCCUAUGGCUUUACGUCGUGCUAAAACACUUGAUAGAAGUCUUCAGUCUAAUAAAGAAAAACGUGAACACUUUUUAGAAUUUAUGCACAAUCUUAUACAAAACAAUCAUGCAGAAAUAGCACCAAAACUUGAUGAAGGAGCAGAAUCGUGGUACCUACCUGUCUUUGGUAUCUAUCAUCCAAAGAAACCUGGAAAGAUCCGUUGUGUUUUUGAUUCCUCUGCCAAAUUUGGAGAUGUGUCACUCAACAAGGUAUUACUACAAGGACCGGAUCUAAAUAAUUCUCUUCUGAGCGUCCUCAUGCGCUUCAGAAAGAAUCGUGUUGCUGCCUCAGCUGACGUUCAGCAGAUGUUCUAUUCGUUUUCUGUUGAUGAGAAGCAUAGAGACUUUCUUCGUUUCAUAUGGCACGAAGACAAUAACCUUGAUAAACAACUAGUAGACUUUAGAAUGACCGUACACGUAUUCGGGAAUAGCCCCUCGCCAGCGGUUGUAACAUAUGGACUACGAAAGUGCUCAAAUUUGACUGAACCAGAUGUCAGAGAUUUUAUUCAGAGACACUUUUAUGUUGACGAUGGCCUCAUAUCAUUAGAUAGCAGUCAGGACAUGAUAGAUCUGCUAACACGAACUCAGAAAACCUUAUUGAAGGAAGGAAAUAUACGCCUUCAUAAGUUCGCAUCAAAUAGUGAUGAAGUAAUGUCCGCUCUUCCACAUGAAGAUCUUACUCAAGACUUGAAGAGUAUAGACUUUGAUGCAGAUAGUGUUCCACUACAGAGGAGUUUAGGGUUGUAUUGGGACCUAGCUACAGACUGUUUUACCUAUCGAAUAUCUGAAGAAAGCAAACCUUUUACACGCCGUGGUGUAUUAUCUACACUUAACAGUCUAUUUGACCCGCUAGGCUUUGUUGCUCCAGUCAUAGUUGAAGGUAAAAUUAUACUGCGUGAGCUUAUGGCGCAAUCUGUUGAUUGGGACGAACCCCUGCCGGAAAACAGCAAAUUGAAAUGGGAAACUUGGAGAAAGUCGCUUAGUGCACUUCAGAACAUUACAAUUCCACGCAUGUAUGUAAGUUCUUCAUUAAGUAAAACACCUACCUUCGAACUUCAUGUCUUUGCUGACGCAUCUGAAAAGGCUAUUGCAGCGGUAUCAUACUUACGAACAAUCAAACCUGAUGGCAACACUGAAACUGGAUUCAUUUUAGGAAAGGCGAAAGUCGCACCUCACCAUGGACACACUAUACCGAGGUUAGAGCUGUGUGCAGCUGUUUUGGCAGUUGACGUAUCAAAGACAGUUGUUGAGAACUUUGAUGAGACUUUCGAUGUUGUUAAGUUUUACACCGACAGCAAGGUGGUCCUGGGAUAUAUUUAUAACCAGACACGUCGCUUUUAUGUUUAUGUGGAACAUAGAAUCGAACGCAUACGUAAGUCAACGGUCCCAGAACAAUGGAAUUACGUUCCAACAUCAGUCAAUCCUGCAGAUCAAGCUACAAGGUCAGUUUCGUCAGAAGAUAUUGGUUCUAGUUCUUGGCUGCAAGGACCAACUAAGUUUAUAAGUGGAGAACUACAAGCUUCUGCAUCUACUGAAACUCUAACGAUACUAGUCAAUCCAGAUUUAUAUAAAGAAGUAAGACCUAUUGUGACAGUUACAAAGACUACAAUUGAAGACAGCCAUUCUAUUGGAUCUGAACGAUUUCAAAACUUUUCAUCAUGGAAGUCACUAGUAAAUGGAAUAGCCGUUUUACAACGAUUCAUUCAGUCGAGAUUCAAAAAGGUUACCUUACAAGAUAUCGAUGUAGUUAAGUCGCUCAAUGAGUCAGAAAUAUUUAUAAUUAAGACAAUUCAAAGUGAAGCUUACAGUUCAGAAAUAGACUGCAUAGUAAAUGGACAAAAUCUUAGGAAAAACAGUAGUAUUAUAUCUUUAGAUCCAUUUCUGGAUAGUGAAGGCAUUUUGCGUGUUGGUGGGAGACUCAAUAAAUCAAAUCUGCCAUACCAAGAAAGAAAUCCACUCAUUCUUCCAGGAAAAUGUCAUGUGUCAAAAUUACUAGUGCAACAUUUUCAUGCCCAAGUCAAGCACCAAGGACGACAUUUUACAGAAGGUGCCAUUCGUGCAGAGGGUUACUGGAUUACAGGCUCGAAACGUCUCGUAUCAUCUGUUAUACACCAUUGCGUCCCGUGUCGUAAACUCAGAGGUUGUUUGGAGGUUCAAAAGAUGGCUGACCUACCUACAGACAGAAUUGAACCCACUCCGCCAUUUACUAAUGUGGGGGUCGAUGCAUUUGGUCCUUGGUCUGUUAUUCAUCGCAGGACUCGUGGUGGCUGUUCAAAUUCUAAGAGGUGGGCUAUACUUUUUACAUGUCUUACGACACGUGCAAUACAUAUAGAAAUAGUUGAAGAGAUGUCUUCGAGUGCUUUCAUCAAUGCCUUACGCAGAUUCAUUGCAAUCAGAGGAAAAGUGAGUGUUUUUAGAUCAGAUCGCGGUUCCAAUUUUAUAGGUGCAGUGGAUCCUUUACACAUCGAGGCAAUUAACGUUGAAGAUGACAAAGUUAAAACAUUUAUGCAUGAAACGAGGACGAUUUGGAUUUUCAACCCUCCCCACUCCUCGCACAUGGGAGGAGCGGGGGAACGAUUGAUAGGCGUAACAAGAAGGAUUUUGGACUCAAUUCUUACAGAUGCAAACACAAAAUUUCUAACUCAUAAUGUUUUAGUUACCUUCAUGGCUGAAGUAGCGAGUAUAGUGAAUCAUAGACCGAUAGUUCCGGUUUCUUCUGACACUGAUAAUCCGUUUAUACUUUCACCGGCAGUGCUUCUUACUCAAAAGACAAAAUCUACAAUCGAAACCGAUUACAUUGGAGAAUUUGACACAAAGGAUCUUCUUCAUGCCGAAUGGAAGCGUGUUAUGGUUCUUUCUGACAUGUUUUGGUCAAGGUGGCGCAAAGAGUAUCUGAACAAUCUUCAGUCAAGGAGAAAAUGGCACAAGGAUGUUCCAAACAUAAAGGAAGGAGAUGUCGUUUUAUUGAGAGACAAAACUCUGAUUCGUAAUGAAUGGCCUCUUGGACUAGUAAUUCGUGCAUUCGCGAGUGAUGAUGGAAAAGUGAGAAAAACAGAACUACGUGUGAUUAGAGAUGGCAAACCAACCGUUUAUGUGCGACCAAUUACAGAACUUGUUCUUCUUGUCUCUGAUCGAGAACAAUGUGUUUGA